AUGAGGCGAGACGGCGAAGAUGUCGAGGCUACGGCCCAGCUAGUACGCAAGGAAAAUGACGAGCACACUCACGAGAAUAGCGACUUUGACUACCAGGACGAUGAUAGCGCACACGAAGCAUACAACAACGACAGGUACCGGUCCUCGUCCAAACCGUUAUGGAGGCGUCUGCCGUUUGUGUCUAUGCCAAACUCGCUACCGCCUAUUCUCAAGUCAAACAAAUUGAACCCGCGGUUCAUCGCCUUGAUAUUCGGUAUAUCAUUUGUCACUACAGUUCUCGUCAUUUAUUCGUAUAGGCCGCCCCGGCCAACCGACGCUUCACCGGCGCCUGCUGCAACGACAGCAACGACGACGACAGCGACAGCGUCACUUAUAUUAGCUGCUCCUACCCACACCCCUUUAUUUAAGCCCGAUCCAGAAUUCUGCACCACUUGGCCUGUCGAUGAAGAUGGGAGCUACGAUCUUGACUCUCAAGACCGCUCUAGUGAGAUUCUUGAGCACCAUAGCAUUGCGCCGGAAGGGGGUUGGCGAAAACCGGAGGGCUUCAGAAUCAUUGCCAUGGUAUUUUUUGGGAGAAAGCGAUACGUCGACAUUCUUGAUUGCUACCUACGACAGAAUCUCGCAUCGAACGGUGGCUAUGUCGAUGAAGUGUGGUUCAUGGUCCACACUGAAGUCCAAGAAGACAUUUCAUGGCUGAAUGCUCUUGUGAAGGACCUGCCUGAUUACAAGAUCGUCGGCCAAGAAGGCUGUCAAUCGAACAACGGUAGAUAUGGGUGCUUGUGGGAACAUGCCACGGCAGAUAAUACUAUGUACAUUAAACUUGAUGAUGAUAUCGUUUAUAUCCAUCAGGAUGCCAUACCGCAACUAGUGCAUACACGACUUGCCGUACCACAUGCUUACGCAGUUUCAGCCAACUUGGUCAACAGCCCCAUCACGGGGAUGGAACAAUUCCAUCAUAAUGCUAUCUACCCAUUCGUUCAGGACCCAAACAAUCAACCACGCCAUCAUGCAUCAGAGACAUGGCGGCUUUCGGAGCAGGCGAGGUAUCCAAAGAACAAGUUGAAUAAGUGGAAAACCGGGAGCGAUGAAAGUAUCAUGUAUCCUAAGGUGCCAUAUCGUGGCCAUCCUUUCGUUUUGCUCUCCCAUGAUAAUUUUGAUCUCCUUCAUACUUCAAUGGGAAGAUACGAUCAAAACCCUGGCCCAGAUCUUAUCGCUUUUAGUCCGGUGUGGAGGUCAUGGGCCAUGGCUGCCCAGCAACAGUACUCUUUACUAUACAAUCUCGAGAUGAACCAGAUAUCUCGCUACUUCUUUGGACUACCAGCAACAUACCCGGAAGAUGCCAAAGGGCCUGACGCAAAUUCUACUGUGUCGACACCACAGCUAGACGACGGGGAACCUGUAUUGGGUGGCGAGCAGAUUUUCGACACGCAAUUUCGGCGGUACAAUCUCAACUUUUGCGUUGUCUGGGGCUCUGACAUUAAGAAACAUCUUCCCAUGAACGACGACGACGAGGACGCCAUUACAAGACUCAUUCCCAGGUCAACGGGGCGACCAUUCAUUAUUGAUACGCGAGCUGUUGUGGGCCAUUUUAGCUUCUUCACUCAGGCCGAGCAAAUACGCCAGACCGAUCUGCUAGACAGGUGGCGUGCGUUUGCAAACGAGGCCGUGUGUGCACCGGAUAAUCUCAAGAAGCCCUGGGAUUUACGCUGUCCUAUGUUUAACAAAUAA